GGCUCCUCCCCUUCAGUCUUGUACAGGUUUACCGGCUCCUCCCCUUCAGUCUUGUGCAGGUUUACUGGCUCCUCCCCUUCAGUCUUGCACAGGUGUACCGACUCCUCCCCUUCAGCCUUGCACAGGUGUACCGACUCCUCCCCUUCAGCCUUGCACAGGUGUACCGACUCUUCCCCUUCAGUAUUGCACAGGUGUACCGGCUCCUCCCCUUCAGUCUUGCACAGGUGUACCGGCUCCUCCCCUUCAGUCUUGCACAGGUGUACCGACUCCUCCCCUUCAGCCUUGCACAGGUGUACCGACUCCUCCCCUUCAGCCUUGCACAGGUGUAUUGGCUCCUCCCCUUCAGUCUUGCAGAGGUUUACCGGCUCCUCCCCUUCAGUCUUGCACAGGUGUACCGACUCCUCCCCUUCAGCCUUGCACAGGUGUACCGACUCCUCC